CUGGGAUUUAGCAAUUCUGUUCUUGGAUUAUAUGGGGCAAUAUUUAAAAUCUUGUCAAUGAUUCACCCCGGCAACGCUUCUGGGAAAUUCUCCACCUUAUACAGCACAGCUACAGCCAUUUCCCAGCCAGCACAAUGUCCAUUAGGUUAGGGAAAAUGAGACCAUAUAUCUAUGUAGGUCUCCUCUGCUUGAUAUCGAUAUGUGCUGGGGUCGCGGGGCGAGACAAGAACUCUGGGCCGCUGCGCAGGUUUGCCAGAAAUUCAGAUGUUACCCCGAGCCCGCUGAGCUGCCGCUUAGGUCAGUGGUCUGAUUGGUCUCACUGCUUGCCUUGCACCAAUAGCAAACAAAGGUAUCGUGGCCUGUCUCAGCCCGCCAAGUAUGGAGGAAUGAUCUGUGUUGGCAAUCUAUGGGAAUCCAUAAUUUGCAAAUCGCCAGAUACAUGUGCCCCCACGAAUGAUUGUGGGUCUGAUUUUCAGUGUAAAGAGUCUGGUCGCUGUAUAAGGAAACAGAUGGUCUGUAAUGGUGAACAAGACUGCCAGGAUGGGUCAGAUGAACAGGACUGUGAUGAUUUGGAUCAGGAGAGGUCGUUCUGCAGAGAACUGUUUGAGAUCCCUGGGGCGGAAAGGGCUGUGAGAGGGUUCAAUAUCCUCACUCAGUCUGAAACGCAAAAUGUUUUGGAUCACAAAUAUUUUGGAGGCCAAUGUGAAUAUAUCUAUAAUGGAGAAUGGAGAGAUUUGAGAUAUGACCCAACGUGUGAACAGAUGUAUUAUGCUGAUGAUGAAAAGUUCUUUAGAAAACCCUUCAAUUUCCAUGUGUAUCAAUUCCUGGCUCGCGCAGACACAGGGAUGUCCUAUGAGACAUAUGAGGAUUCCAAAUCUGUCGUCGAUGCCAUCCAAAGAGAAAAUUCCUUUGGCUUUGGUUUGAGCUUUGAAGUGCGCCCGGCAGAAUCUCCCGUCGGGGUGAAAUUUGGUGGAUCUUUUGAUAGGAAAACAAAUUACCUUAAAAAUAUCACGUCUCAUACAGAAAAGAAUUUGCAGUUUGUCCGCGUAGCGACAAAAAUCCAGACUGCUCGUUUUCGGAUGAGGACUAAUUCCCUGAUGUUGGAUGAGGAGAUGUUUCAGUCACUGAUGGAACUUCCUGACACAUACAAUUAUGGUCUGUAUGUCAAAUUCAUUAACGACUACGGUACCCACUUCAUCACCUCCGGCACUAUGGGCGGCACCUUGGACAGCGUCGUUGUUUUGGACAAAGAGAUAAUGCAACGAAAAGAAAUCACUGAAGAGUUUGUAUCCAACUGCUUGGGUGGCCACAUAGGACUAAGCUUUGCAACUGACGAUAAGCAACUCGAAGGAGAACUCUCUGUAAAAGGAAAAUAUUGUGGCACGUUUGGAAAAGAUCUUGAAGUUGGGAAAUCGAGUGACGGUGUAAUCAAGGAUGUAAUCACCCACAUAGAAGGAGGAGACACCGGAUCAGCGGGGGUCAUAGUCAAUGUUUUUAAUGCGGUCACCUAUCGUUUCUGGGGGCGAUCUCUGAAAUUCAACCCAGCUGUCAUUGAUUAUGAGUUACUGCCUAUACAUGAAGGACUGCAGCUGACGGGUAUUUCUGGCAUUGAAGCAAAGAGGCAGAAUCUGAAGAAGGCCUAUUACGAGUUCCUCAGCGAGUUUAACUCCUGUCGCUGUGGCCCGUGUGAGAAUAACGGGACGCCCAUUCUGGAUAACAAUGCAUGCACCUGCCUGUGCCCUGCCGGAUAUGAAGGUGUCGCCUGUGAGAAGUUUGAACGUCGAGCUGCAAGAGCAAAUGGAAUGUGGAGCUGUUGGUCACCAUGGUCCAACUGCCAAUCGGGAAAGCGUCAAAGGACGAGAACUUGCAAUAACCCACCUCCUAAAAAUGGCGGCGACAGCUGCCUUGGGAAAAGCAUCCAGCAGGAAUUGUGCUAACACGUCUAGUGAUCUCACACUCACAUGUUUAGCUUUCUAUAUACAGUAUGUGUCAUUCACUUAUCCAGGAUGUCUGUCUGUUUGUGACUUGAUAUCAUUUGCGGUUUUAAGUUGAGUUUGCAGAAAAUACAUUAAUAAAGAUGCUUAAACCAUA